AGGGGAGGGUGGGAGAGGGGCUGUGGGGGGUUCAACUAUUUCAAAACAACCCCGCAAAAGGAGGCACACGGGUGGAGGGGGUGUGAGGCGAAGACCGGGUCUGUGGGCCCCUCGGUAAGGACGCGAGUCGGACGAGAUGCCCGCGCACGUUUUCAAAUGCCUGCGCGAACCCAACAGGUACGAGCUCGAGGCCUGUGGCGGCAGGCAUUCACAACCGCCUGUCACUUGACGUGUGUGUGUGUGUGUGCGCGCGCGCGUGCGUGGGGGCGCGCGCGCGCGCGUGUUUUUGUCCAGGCCAGCCGGUGCUUUGACAGGAGAGUAAUGGAGCAUGAGGAGCACGACGUGCCCCCCGCUGACAGCCCCCUCAUACGAGGAGCAGUUGUGUCCAAGAAGACUCAUUUGACCCAGAUUGAGGUCAUCCCAUGUAAGAUCUGUGGUGAUAAGUCUUCUGGAGUUCAUUAUGGAGUCAUCACCUGUGAGGGCUGCAAGGGAUUUUUUCGGCGCAGCCAGCUGCCCACCGUGUCGUACUCCUGCUCCCGGCAGAGCAACUGUCCGAUCGACCGGGCCAGCCGCAACCGCUGCCAACACUGCCGUCUGCAGAAGUGCUUGGUGAAGGGCAUGAGCAGAGAUGCUGUGAAGUUCGGACGCAUGUCUAAACGUCAGCGGGACUCUCUGAAUGCCGAGGUGGAGAGACAUCGGCAGCAGCAGCAGCAGCAGCAGCAGCUUCAGGGAGAGGCCCAGUCUCUGUUGUCCUUCCCUUCCAAGGCCCGACAAGACCGCUCGCCACAGCUGCUUCAGCCCGUGGCCUCGGCCUACUCCUUCAGCAGGGAGGCCGAGCUGCUGUCCUACACCGCUGAUGGCCACCCGUACCUGGUGUGCUCCCCGGGCGAGUCGCAGAUGUCGGGUAUGAUCUACCGAGGCUCCGGCGGGCCUUCCACGUCGAGAUCCCUGGCCAGGAUGGACCACGGUGCACACCUUGACAUAAGAGGGUUUGAGUCCAGGCAGCCGUCUCAUGAUCUUGCGGGAAUUCAUUCCUACAACCCUCUGGAGGAUCCUUACAGCCUCUAUCCUCACUCUCUGAGGAAUAUAGAUGAGCUGUGUGCCAGCAUUGUGCGCUCCCACAGGGAAACCAGCCAGUACAGAGUGGAGGAGCUGCAGGCCCUCAGAUGGAAACUACUCAGCAGAGAGGAGAUCCAGGCCUACCAGAGCAAAUCGGUGGAUGACAUGUGGCAGCACUGUGCUAUCCGGAUAACUGAUGCCGUGCAAUAUGUGGUGGAGUUUGCAAAACACAUCCCAGGUUUCCGUUUGCUCAGCCAGAACGACCAGAUCGCUCUCCUGAAGACCGGCUCCAUGGAGGUAGUUCUGGUCCGGAUGUGUCGCUUCUUCAACACUGAGAACAACACCGUCUUCUUUGAUGGGAAAUUUGCUGGAGUGGAAGUCUUCAAGUCAUUGGCAUGUGGUGAUUUAAUCACAGCGGUGUUUGACUUUGCUCACGGCAUGUGUGAUCUGAAGCUCACGGAGCAGCAGAUUGCUCUCUUCAGUGCUCUCGUGCUGAUCAACACGGAUCGUCCUUGCCUGGAGGACAGAGGCAGAGUUCAGCGAGUGCAGAGAAGCGUUGAGGACGGACUCAGACACAUUCUACACCGAGACAACCAAGAGAGUCUGAUGCACAAGCUGUACCAGAGGAUGUCAGUGUUGCGUUCGCUCUGCAGUCUGCACAUGGAGAAGCUGCACGGCUUCAGUCAGCGUUACCCGCUCACCGCUCACGCUCUCUUCCCUCCACUCUACAAGGAGCUCUUCGCCUCUGAGGCGGAGCUGCUUCCCGGCGCCACCCAGUGAUGAUCACCCGGCUUACGCAAAGCCGUACACGCUCAUAUUAUUUUAUUGUCUCCGUUUUUUCCUGACAGAAUCUAUUUUUCUAACAAUUUAAAAUAUAAAGGAAAAGGAAAAGGAAAGAGCUUUUUCGGUAGAUGGUGUCAAACAUAUAUUUCAUUAUUUUGAUAGCUUAAAUCUAUUUCUAUUCCUCCAGGGAAAGGUGCAUUUUGUUGUUGCUUUAACAGCUCUUUGUCCAUGAGGUAUUCGUUUACUCAGGAUUCCUGUGAGUCACAGUAAAUGUGUGAAAGUGUGCUUGGAUAUGGAGUUUCAACAGAAACUUGGGAGGGGGGGGGGCGAGGGGGAUGUGUGUUGCGGGGGUUGCUUAGUGACAUUCCCUGUAAACAGCUUCUUGAGAUCCGCGGCUGGUUUAAAACCAAAUAGGGCAUUUUGAGCCAUCAACCCACGUAAUGCAGAUUUUUACAAAGUUUGUAAAAAAUGUCAAUAUUAAAACCAGUAUUUAUUUGUUUCAUCGCAGUACAUAGCCAUCUUAUUUUUACAGCUAAAAAAACACAUUUGAUUGACCAGUAUCUCUUCAUAACAAGUAUUCUCAACACGUAGACAACCGGCCUCUUUAAAACAUGUCUCCUCAGGUUGAUUCUGUCAGAUUGACUAAUCAAUCCUACAAAGCAGCAGUACCUCUUCAUGUUAUCCUCUGUGUUUGAAAAUAUGCUCACAUACAUUUUGUAUCCAUUGAGCUUUGAAUUAUGUUGCAUUAAAACUAGAAUUUUAAUUUAAAAUGUGAGAUACAGUAGAAAUCUCUUCAUCUGUGUGCAUUCUUUUCCUUUUUUUUCCAUUUUAACUUGCAUAUGUUUUGCUUUCUAACAUAUCUUUGAAUAAAAUGAUGAGAUGCAUCAGCAUUAUGUACUAUAUGUCCGGAUGUAGUCCUUUCUGUUGCCAGGAUGGCUGAGUUUAUAUUCCAUGUAAAUCGGAUAAUAAACUGCAGAGGCUUUGAUACCAAGCCUACUUUAU